CAGCCCCCAGCCCCCCGGCCCUCCCGGGGGCGCCAGGAAGCCGCCGGGAGCCUGGCUCCGGGAAAACGUGGUCUCAGCUGUCGGGUCCUCGAGCAGGCCUCGACCCUGCUCCCCGACCGGCGAGGCCCGGCGCCUCGCCCUCACCCUCACCCGGUCUUUGUGCGGGGCGCCGGCGGCCAUUGUGUCCGUGCGGGAAAUGGAGGAGCCGGCAAUCCCCUGCCGCCACCGCCGCGUCCAGGGCCUUUGGGGAAUUCAGAGAACACCAGCGGCGUUUCUGGGGGGUCCCCGGCCUGCAGCCUCCCGGAAAGGCCCGGGGAUGGCAUUUCCGAAGUCAGACCUCAGAUGCGAGGCCGUUUCCCCUGCCCUCUGCCCCUCAUCGAAACCUUGAGCCCCAUUGAGAAGUCCUUUCGGGGUUUCGGAAGCCUCACCCGGGGCCGGUCCUUAAAUAGAAACGACAACAACAAAAAGCCCUACGGCCUGCCCCGGCCGCCUUCGGGAGAGUUCUCCUGGCUCCCAGUAGGAGGCAGAGAGCGGAGCGAGCGUGCUCGAGCGAGGGGGCUGGACUGCCGGUGGCAGGAGGCCGUCCUCAUUCUGGGCGAUGGAGGAGGAAGCGAGCGAGGCGGCCGGUUCCUGAGCUUCGUAAUUGCCGUGUCGCCCUCGGGACACCCAGCCGGCAGGGCCGCAUGGUCCCUGCAGCCGCAGCUGGGUUUUUUGCCAGCCGCCCGUGAGGCCGGUUGAGUUACCGGCAGCCGCCUCCUCUCCGGACCCCAUGGUACAAAAGAUCGCCCGGGGACUGCACCUGCCUGCCUCUGCCAGAGACGUGUUUGAAUCUCUUUCUCUCCCUUCAGAACCUUAUCUUGGCUUUGGAUCUCAGAAGGCAACCACUAACUAGAGGCCAGACUCCAGUGAGUGAGCAGGUGUUUUGGACAAUGGACUGGUCGAGCCCAUCCCUAUUAUAAAAAAUGUCUCAGAGCAACCGGGAACUGGUGGUUGACUUUCUCUCCUACAAGCUUUCCCAGAAAGGAUACAGCUGGAGUCAGUUCAGUGAUGUGGAGGAGAACAGAACUGAGGCCCCAGAAGGGACUGAAUCAGAGGUGGAGACCCCCAGUGCCAUCAAUGGCAACCCAUCCUGGCACCUGGUGGAUAGCCCUGCGGUGAAUGGAGCCACUGGCCACAGCAGUAGCUUGGAUGCCCGGGAGGUGAUUCCCAUGGCAGCGGUGAAGCAAGCGCUGAGGGAGGCAGGCGAUGAGUUUGAACUGCGGUACCGGCGGGCGUUCAGCGACCUGACAUCCCAGCUCCACAUCACCCCGGGGACAGCAUAUCAGAGCUUUGAGCAAGUAGUGAAUGAACUCUUCCGGGAUGGGGUGAACUGGGGUCGCAUUGUGGCCUUUUUCUCGUUCGGUGGGGCAUUGUGCGUGGAAAGUGUGGACAAGGAGAUGCAGGUAUUGGUGAGUCGGAUUGCAACGUGGAUGGCCACUUACCUGAAUGACCACCUAGAGCCUUGGAUCCAGGAGAACGGAGGCUGGGACACCUUUGUGGAACUCUACGGGAACAACGCAGCAGCCGAGAGCCGGAAGGGCCAGGAACGCUUCAAUCGCUGGUUCCUGACGGGCAUGACUGUGGCUGGCGUGGUUCUGCUGGGCUCACUCUUCAGUCGGAAAUGACCAGACACUGACCAUCCACUCACCCUCCCACGCCCGUCCUUCCCCCACCACAUCCCUCCUUUCAGCCACCAUUGCCACCAGGAGAACCACUACAUAUAGCCCAUGGCCACCCUACACAUCACAGGGUUGGGCCUAGACCUGGUCCCCCACAAUUAGUUUUCUAGAAUUGACUAUGCUUCUGUGAGAGCUGCCUUCCCCCACACCUCAGUUCUCCUGGCCUCAAAACCCACAAAGUUUCCCCAAAAUCUGCCCCAUGGAGCUGGCAGGCAUGUGGGAGUUCAUGGCUGAUGGCUGGAAGGGCCCUACCUGAUUGGUGGGACCUCCUUAUCCCUUAGCCUCCUCUAGAAUGCUUUCCUGCCAGGGAGCUAGAAAGUUUUCUGACCCUUUUUCCUAGAAAGACUAGAUUGCCUUCGUUUUCAUGUUUGUGGCCUCAGAAUUGAUCAUUUCUUAUCCCCACCCCACCCUACCCUCUAGGACCUGGGUUCCCCUUUCUUUCAUUCCCACCCUCCAGUGGCCACUUAGGGGCCAAUUCUGACUAAUUAGGGAUUCAGGCUGCUUGGGAUAAAGAAACAAGGACCAGGACCCCCUCCCCAACUCUGGCCUGACCAAAGUCUCCCCUCCCACCCCAGCCCCAGUGUCCUCUAGAGGUGUCUGGCUAGAGGCCAGCCUAACCCAGGAGGAGGGGGCUGUCCUGCAGGAAGCACCCCAUACCAAAGCUUGGGUGUCCCUUGCAAUUUAGCACUACCCCAGCUUCCCUCCCUUUCCCCUCCCCUGGCUCCCAUGACCGUGACUGAGGGACCAACUGGGCCCAAGACAGGUGCCCCAGAGCUGUUUAUGGCCUCAGCUGCCUCACUUCCUGCAAGAUCAGCCUUGUGGCAUCUUUGCUUUGGAUUGCUGCCCAUGGCGUUCAGAGGCCUCGGCCCAGAGGGGAAGGGGGGCUACAGGCAGUAGCUAUGGGAGCCCUAGGGUCUUCCCUACCUCAGGCAGGAAGGGCAGGAAGGAGAGCCUGGUGUGCAGGGUGGAAGUAGGGCUGCCUGGAGGGGCCAGUCCUGCCUGGCCAAACAGAUUUGUGCCCCACCCCCAUUCAGCCUAGGCAGCUGGGCUGCCAGGUCAGAAUGGCCUGGCCAGGAGCGCUUCAGGCCUCCCUCCCUCCUCUGCUCUACCCAUGGCCUGUCUCAUCCCUGGGGGUCCCGGCCUAGCAGCCCUGCCCCCCCACCCGCACCCGCUGGGCUCUCUGCUGUACAUAUUCAAAACUAGUUUUUAUUCCUUGUGAAGAUAUACUAUUUUUGUUAAGCGUGUCUGUAUUUAUGUGUGAGGAGCUGCUGGCUUGCUGUGCGUGUGCACAUGGAGAGCUGGUGCCCAGAGAUUGAACAGCCUGACGCUCCCUCCCUGCCCUGGUCCGAGGAAGCCAACCGGGGGUCCUGGCUCCUGAGGGGCACCUAUCCCUCCCCCAGCCCCCUCCCCACACUUGUCCCAGCUCUUUGAAAUAGUUUGUGUGAAGGUGAAAGUGGAGUAAUAAACUGUGUUGAGCAUUGAG